UUUCUAAAAAGAAAAUGGAAAUAUGCAAAGAAAAGAUAAAUUUUUUAGGUCAUGAAAUUGGGGAAGGAAAAAUUUAUUUACAAGAUCAUAUUGCAAAGAAAAUUUUACAGUUUCCUGAUGUUAUGAAUGACAAGAAGACAUUGCAACAGUUUUUAGGAAUAGUAAAUUAUGCUAGAAAUUAUAUUGAAAACUUAGCCAAGUUGGCUGGACCAUUGUAUGCAAAGUUAAGAAAAAAUGGGCAGAAGCAUUUUAAUUCUGAAGAUAUAAGAUUAGUAAGAGUUAUAAAAGAAAAGGUCAAAGAACUAAAACCUUUAGAAUUACCUUUAGAUGACUAUUAUUUUAUAAUAGAGACAGAUGCAUCUGAAAUAGGAUGGGGAGCUAUAUUAAAGCAAAAGCCGAACAAGUAUUCUCCAAAAACAGAAGAAAGAAUAUGUAGGAAUGAAGAGAGGAAUGAGUCCUACUGGUGGUGAAAGUUUCAGCUUUGGAACUGAAAACAGAUUAAGAAUCUUUCCACCAAAUACUUAUAAAUUUAAGCCUAAAGACCAUAUUGUCUUAGAUGAAAUACAAGAAUGUGUUUUAGAUAAUUUUUGGUUCCAAUAUAAUAAUAAGAGAGAUGAUAGAGGUUAUAUGCUUGCAAUAUUAAAUAGUUUAGCUGAAUAUUUUCAUAUGAUCAACGGGAAGAUACAGCCAAAAGAUCCAUCUAGCAAUAUAGAAAAGAAACUCAUAUAUGUCAUAUAUAGGGGAAAGACACCAGGAAUAUAUGUAACUUUUGAAGAAGUUAUAGCCCAGCAAAUAGAAAGAGAAAAAGAUGGAGGAAUAUCAUGGAAAAAAUAUCUAGAUAUUGAUCAAGCCCUAUCAUAUGCAAGAAAUAUUUUAGGAAUAAAUUAUUUCCUAGAGCCUGCAGCAAAAGAAUAUAUUCAAAAAUACAGAAAGGCAAAUGAGGUAAAGACAAACUUGCCUGGAAUAAAUAUAAGAGAAGAUGGACCUUCAAGAAUACCCACAUAUAAGGAUGCUGUAAAAAAAGAAGCAUCAAAUGAAGAAUAUGUUGAAAAGAAGAUCAAAGAAAGGCUAGAUUCAAUAAUUCCUCAAUUGAAGAAAGAUAUAAAAGAAGAAAUAUGGCAAGAAGUGAAGCAUGAUAUAAAGGAAAAUUUUGAUGCCAUAAAGAAGGACUAUGAAGAAAAUAAAAAGAAGGAUUAUGAAUCAAAAAUGAAUAUGCCAAUAUCUGAUGAUGAUAUGCUGGAUAUUCGUGGUCAUGGGCAGCAACAAGAGUAUUAAGAAUUAUAUAUUAUGAAAAUUAAAUAUGUGUUAAUACUUAAGAUACCUAUCUGUGUUGAUAAGGAGUUAUCAACAAUUUCACCGUGGGAUAAGGAUAAGCAUGCCAGAGUGUUUGCUUGAUGUCUGCGACAUCAAUCAUUCGGGCGUGGAAGACUAUACACCGAAUAUAUUCCCGAAUAUAUCCAGAGAAUAUCACGUGAAGGAAGUGGACAAUG